CCCUCACUUCCCUGGCUUCUGGUUGUGAGUGCCUCAUCUUCCCAGAAAUCUUUCCACCAUGAUCGAACCCUUCUUAGGAGCCUGGAAACUGGUCUCCAGUGAAAACUUCGAGGAUUAUAUGAAGGAACUGGGAGUGGAUUUCGCAGUACGGGAUGUGGCAGGUUCAGUAAAGCCAAGUGUUAACAUUAGUCUCAGUGGGGAGAAGGUGAACAUCCAGACCGAAAGUUCUUUCAGAAACACAGUGAUCUCCUUCAAGCUAGGGGAAGAAUUUGAGGAGACCACUGCAGACAACCGGCAAGUGAAGAGCACCGUAACAUUAGAAGGCGGGUCAAUGAUCCAGGUCCAAAAAUGGCUCGGCAAAGAGACAACAAUCAAAAGAAAAAUUGUUGAGGGAAAAAUGGUAGUGGAGUGCAUCAUGAACAAUAUUGUCAGCACUAGGAUCUACGAAAAGGCAUGAAGGAAGAAGGGUAGAUGCCAGCGAGAAU